AUGGCCAGCUUGGCUCGUGCCUUCGUUGUUCCCAAGGACCCUGAAAUCCUGAAUCAAGUCAAAGACCUACGUGAUUGUAUGACGAGCAUGCAUACAGGUUCAGAGCUCACAGAGCUACAAGUCAUCCGGCAAGUACUGCUAAUGCUCCAUGGACUCCCCACAGAUCUGUUCGAACUUGGGACCAGCGAUCGUGUUCGGACAAGACACUCUUGCCGUAUAGCGAACAUCGCGCCAUCAACAUUAGACCGCGUUCUCCAAGAGUUUGCCUCGCUUGGGUCACACAUCACCGUUAUACGACGAUUCGUCGCGUCUAAUCAAGAGAGUGUGGUCUUGCAAAGUUUCCAAGCUGCAGUACAAACCCGAUUGAGCGAGCUCGAUCGAAAGCUGUCGGGUGUUGAGCAAAGCUUUCUCCAGCAGGAGAGCUCGGCAGUGGUGAGUCUUCUGGAUGUGCAUGCUGAGGUUGAUAGCGUCACCGGACCACUUGUUCGUCUCGGAAGUCUGAUACCAGAUGGUGCUCACAAGCAUAACGUUCGAGCGUUACGAUUGCUCAACAACCUAUUUGAACAAGCCUGUAACCUUCAGCUGAUUAGCGAAGAUGAAGAAAGCACUGAAGUCGCGGAUCUUCUAUUCAAAUGUCUAGAACCCUAUCUUCGCCCUGUUAGACUAUGGAUGACCGAGGGCAAGCUCAUCACCUCGAACGAGUUGUUCUUCGUACGAUCUGACGAUGGAAACUCUGACCGCGGGUCAAUAUGGCACUCUCGCUUCACGCUGCUUAAACAAGCUGAUGGUUCCGUCUUUGCACCCAACUUCAUGCAAAGCCUGGCCGGGCAGAUCUUCAAGGCUGGAAAAAGUGUCAUGUUCCUUGAGACCCUUGGUCACAAGCCAGACGUCUAUGAGCGCAGCCAACACAGUUUAGACCUCGCUCGGGGCAUGCAAUCAGCGGAUAAUGCCUUGCUACCAUUUUCGGAGACAUUCAGGCUGGCCCUGAACCGUUUCGCUGAUGCAUUAGAAGGAUCGGAGAUCAAACUCUUGCGCCAGAUCUUGAUGUCACAAUGUGGUCUUCAAGCAACCAUUGGCGCGAUCAACCACCUAUACUUUGGCAUCAGUGGUGCGCAUUUCCAGAACUUUGCUUACGGCAUUUUCCAGCGUAUGGAUAGGGGCAGUGGCUGGGACGAUCGCUUCCUGUUGACGGAGUUGGCACAGACUGCUUUCGAGACUAUUGACGCCGUCAUGCCUGACCACAUUACUGUUCGUGUCAAGUCUCGGACUGAUCAGAAACUUACUACAUCUCAUGGUCGGCGCACAGACAUGCUGGGUCGCAUUGUUGUUGAAUACUCUGUAAGUCGAUCUGACAAACUCUUGACACUGAUUCUGACUCGUAGCAGANUUUCGUGGGCACUACAGAACAUCCUGACUAAGGAAACCCUGGUAGCUUGUCAGGAAGCAUUCACGAUCCUGCUGAGGCUCUAUCGAGCUCAGUUUCUCCUGAACCAACAAGAGUGGACACUGAGUAUCAUGGCCAAUCACUCCAAAGAGCAAAGAGUUAAGGAACUUCUCUCUCUGCGCCAACACCUUUGUUGGUUUGCAGCCACUUGGAAAGGCUACGUCUGCGAAGUGUUAUCUGUCGUCUCAAAACAGCUCAACAUGGAUCUCGAGGCCGCGGCAGAUGUGGACGGCAUGGUUGCAGCUUUCCACACAUUCCAACUCAACCUGACCAGCAAACUUUUACAACACGAAAACCUGGCACCGAUACAAGGCUCCAUACUAGCCAUACUUGAGCUCUACGAGGAUCUCGCACUGGAGUGGAGGGAUGCCGUCAAGCAAAUCUGCAAUUGUGCAUCUCAACCUACACCUCGACAACUGGUCAUACAACAGAAUUUCUCAACUCGUCGAGACAGGCCUGAGGUUGACGAAACAGUUGACCUGACUGAUGACGAGGAUGACUCCGAGCCUCACGGACAGCACGACCAAAGGUCCGUCUUGAGUGUCCCCAGCCUGCUCAAGGAAUGCACCAGACAGUUGUCGUUCUUACUCGCCGGACUGCGCAGUGUAAGUAGGAUCGAAGGCGAACCAGCAUGGAUCAUGCUAUCCGAAAGACUGGCAUGGGGAGUCAUAAGUACAGAUAGAAGUUGA